GCCAUGGCGGCGGAUUCUCCCUCGGAGUGGGCAGUUGUAGGCAGGCUGUCUGGGGAUUGCCAAAGUUCUGUCUGGGGUAAAAGUGGAGUUCUGGAGGUUCUUUGAAGAUCAUUUAAUUGCAACGAGCUUGCGCACGCGUGCCCUGACCUCCUAACCCCCACCCUGCUCCGGCCCUGGUAACCUGGUAAUAAGAGGAAAAGGAGGAUGUGGGAUGGGACCCUGAAUUUCUUAAGGGCAGUCCAGGAAGUCCUCCAUGAAUGUACGUCACAAUGAUGAUGACCGAUCAGAUCCCGCUGGAGCUGUCACCACCGUUGCUGAGUAGAGAGGUGGCCAUGAUGCCUCCCAUGGUCAACGGGGAUGGAGCACAGCAGGUCAUCCUGGUGCAGGUAAACCCUGGCGAGACCUUCACCAUUAGAGCUGAGGACGGCUCUCUGCAGUGCAUUCAAGGGCCUGCUGAAGUUCCAAUGAUGUCACCCAAUGGGUCGAUUCCUCCAAUCCAUGUGCCUCCUGGCUAUAUCUCCCAGGUGCUUGAGGAUAACACCGGAGUCAGAAGAGUGGUGGUAACUCCCCAGUCUCCCGAGUGUUACCCCCCAAGCUAUUCCCCUGCCAUCUCCCCCACCCACCACUUAUCCCCAUACAUGACCCACCCCCACUUCAUCCCCAACUCCCACACAGCCUUCUACCCACCAGUCAGCCCUGGGGACAUGCCCCCCCCCCAGUUCUACCAGCACCACCUCCCGCCCAUGUACAAUGAAGAGAUUAUCCCUAUCUUUGGAGUGAACUACGGGGGUCGGGAGGAGCAGUACAAGCCGCAGCCCAAGAAGAUGAAGGAGCGGGUGGAGCGGCAGAACUGCGCCAACAGCCUGCCCUCGUCCACUUACAAGAGUGCCAUGACCUGCAGCAGUGUCUACAAUGGCUACAGCAAGAGCCACGCGGGUGGAGGGGGAGGUGGAGGGGGGUUGGGGGGAGGGGGUGGAGCCAGCCCCGGAGCCAAGAAGGUGGGCCGAGGGCCACGGAGCAGCCCCAGGAGUCAGGAGCCCGACAUGCCAGAUCAAGAUUCAGAAGUGAAGAAAUUGCAAGAUGUUCUUUCAGAAAUGGAGAAACCACAGGUGUCCAAUGUGCAGGCCCGCACGGCUAUGCUGCAGUGGUCGCCUCCAGCAGCCCUGCAGAAGCGGGACAGACAGAGUGAUGGCCACCCGUACUCCUGCACCUACGAAGUCACCAUCUCGGACAAGGGCCGCGAUGGCAAGUACCGCGUCAUCUACAGUGGUGAGGAGUUGGAAUGCACUCUGAAAGAUCUCAGACCAGCAACAGACUACCAUGUAAGAGUGCAUGCCAUGUGUAAUUCAUUGAAGGGCUCAUGCUCAGAGGUGGGAACUUUCACAACUCACAGCAGCUCCCCUGACUGCCCCUCUCUCCCAAAACUGUCUCACCGCACCAAGAGCUCCCUCACCCUGCAGUGGAAGCCUCCCGUUGAUAACGGAUCAAAAAUCACCAGCUACCUUUUAGAGUGGGAUGAGGGCAAAAAGAAUAACAUUUUCCGAGAAUGUUACUUUGGGAGCCAAAGGCAUUAUAAGCUGAUCCGUCUGUGUCCGGCCAUGGCAUACACGUUUAGAGUGGCCGCAAGGAACGACAUCGGCACCAGUGGGUUCAGUCCUGAAGUGGUUUUCUGUACGAUGGGCAGUGUGCCACAGCUGCCAGCUGCCCCCCGGCUAGUGCGUGCUGGAGUCACCUGGAUCACACUGGAGUGGAGCAGGCCUGAUGGCUGCACUGCUGAUGAGCCUGUCACGUACACUCUGGAGAUCCAGGAGGACAGCAAAGGAGCUGAAUUUCACCCAACGUACACUGGACAAAGCUUGAGCUGUACUGUGGAAGAGCUGAAGAGGAGUUCGCAGUAUAAAUUCCGGCUUAUGGCCUCCAAUACGGAGGGGCGGAGCAGUCCCAGUGAGGUGCUGGUGUGUACCACCAGUCCUGACAAGCCGGGCCCACCCUCCAGCCCCUGCGUGCAGGACCCGGUCAGCCCCUACGGCUUCACCAUCAAGUGGGAACCCCCAGAAGACAAUGGAGGAUCAGAAAGCUUAACAUACCUCUUAGAGAUUUCAGAUGGAAAUGUUGAUGCUAAUCAGUGGGACAUCGCAUACAGUGGACCCGCCACCCAGUGUGUGUGUGAACGCUUGAAGCCAGGCACUUUGUAUAGACUCCGCCUCUGCUGCAUUAGCACAGGGGGACACAGCCAGUGUUCAGACAGCGUCCUGGUGCGCACUCUGAGUGUGGCCCCUGGCCCCUGCCAGCCUCCCAGAAUUGUGGGCAAAGCCAAACACAAGGAAGUGCAGUUACAGUGGGACUGCCCUCCAUCUGAAGGUUCGUGUGGACUGACAGAGUACAGCAUAGAGAUGCGCGAGGGGGAGGCAGAGCCUGCCGAGGUCUACCGUGGUCCUGACCUGGAGUGCACAGUCAGCACUCUGCUCCCUGGCGCCACCUACAGCUUCCGUCUGUGUGCAGCCAACGAUGCAGGGUACGGCGCCUACUCUGAACCCACUGAGGUUACAACUGCAGCAGGCCCUCCUGGCCAGUGUGGGGUGCCCUCCCUUACACUGACUUCCAAUACGUGUGUGCUGGUCAGCUGGGAGAAUCUAGAGAGCUCAGGCGCAGAUAUCUCGGAGUUCCGGCUGGAGUGGGCCAAGGACCAGGAGCCCAUGGAAGUGAUCUACUGCGGCUUGGACACACAGUGCGAGGUCUCCAACCUGACACCUGCCACACACUACUGCUGCAGGCUACAGGCAGUGAACCAGGCUGGACCAGGGCUCCACAGUGAGCAGGUGAGCUGUCACACUCCAGCCGCUGUGCCAGAUGUGGUCAUGGGGCUGUGCGUGCUGGACCACGACCCCACAGCCAGCAGCAUGUACUGUCCAUCCACCUGCCUUGCCCUGAAGUGGGAGGAGCCCUGCAACAACGGUGCAGAGAUCAGCUUCUACACCAUCAUACUGGGCGAGCAGCUCAUCCAGCUAGAGGCCUGCACCUGCCACAUGCUGCAGCACCUACUGCCUGACAGUGAAUACAGUGUGCAGAUCCAGGCAGUGAAUGGAGUGGGGGUUGGCCCAUUGAGCCCUCCACUGCUGGCCCGCACCAAGCCCCUACCCCCCACACCCCCCCGCCUGGAGUGCAGUGCUGCAGGGCCCCAGAGCCUCAAGCUGAAGUGGGCGGACAGCAGCACCGGUGCCAGGCAGCUCCUGGGUGAGGAGGUGAUGUUCAACCUACAAAUGGAGGACAAGAACAGCAGGUUUAUCACAAUCUACAGAGGCCCAAGCCACACAUAUAAGGUCCAGAGGCUGGUGGAGUCCAGCAACUACACCUUCCGCAUCCAGGCAGUGAGUGACGCUGGGGAGGGCACUUUCUCCGACACACACACCUUCACCACUACCAAGUCUGUUCCCCCUGCACUCAAAGCUCCCCGUGUGGUACAGCUGGAGGGCAACAUGUGUGAGGUCACCUGGGAAAGUGCUCCACCAAUGAGAGGAGACCCCAUGAGUUAUGUGCUACAGGUGCUGAUCGGGAGGGAGUCUGAAUACAAACAGGUAUAUAAGGGAGAGGGCACAGUGUUCCACAUCUCAGGCCUGCAGUGGAACACAGACUACCGCUUCCGCGUUUAUGUGUGUCGCCGUUGCCUAGACAGCACACAGGAGCUUUGUGGACCGAUAAGCACACCCACACCCUUCACCCUCCACCGUGCAGAGCUUCCUGUGCCUGGUGAGAUACCUGCCAGCCAGACAGGCAAGGCUGCGGGCAUGUUUGCCACGGACGAACGGUUCGCUGCGCUCCUGGUGGGAGCCUUUGGUGCCCUGUCUUUCUUCAUAGCCUUUGUGGUGGAGCACUUUUUCAUGAAGUAAACAGCGGCACGUGAGAAACAGACCAAAACACUUGAGAUGUACACCGCUGACAUACGCAUUGUAGUUCAAUGAUUACUUAAGGUCCUCUCUCUUUCACUCUCUCAAUUGCUCCCUCUUGUGCUCGCGCUCUCUCACUCACAAGCUCACUGUCUUGCUCUC